AUGAGUUCUUCCCUCUUUCUUCUUGUCUCUAUCUCAGUAGCACUCCUAUGGAGCUACCCGGUUUUUGUUGAGUCGGAUCUUCGAGCUGACGCUCAAGCCAAAAUUCAGGAAGCCGUAGCAGCGACUCAAGCCGUUAUCCAGGUGGUUAAAUCAGUGGAAACCGGCGGCAACAAACAAAUAGUGGAGACAUGCAUUGAGGUCAGCAGCGACGCCAUUGACAACUUAAACGAUGUCAAGUCACUACUGCCCAAGGCUCGCGACCCGCGUAGCCUUGAGACUGUGAGAGUCAGAGCGACGGCGGCGUUUACGGACGUCGGCACUUGUGAUGAUGAGUUUGGCGAUCGCGAGCCGGCGCAGGUGGCAGCAGCCACCAAGAAAGCUCAAGAUAUAAUUAAUCAGCUUAUAAUUAUUCUUAAUAAGUUGUAA